UGUGCUCGUCUAAUAUAAACAUUCCUCUAUAGGAUCAACAGUCUAUUUGACUGUCUUAGUUUCGAAAACAAUUAUUCAAACAACCUAGUUUGGAUACCCCUGCACAUUAGAGUAAAUUAUGGGGAGUGAAUAGACUCUUUAACGAAAUCGACCUAAUUUGUCACUUCAUCUCAUUGGCUAAACGUGUCCGAUCCUUAACAUCAUGGCAGAGAGCAAACCCUUUCCUGUCACGGCGCCUUGACGCGCCGUCCUGGCGGCGAUGCUCUUGUCGAGAGCCGUCUUGCACCAUUCAUCUGUUCAUCCAGAUCAGUAAACGUGGUGUUUCCAUGGAUACUGGCCCCCUAGCCCUUCAGGUGGAGAGUGUUGAGCGUAACAUAGCAUUCCUGCAAAAGGAGCAUCAGCUCCUACUGACUGGCCUGCGCCUGGAGAUCCGACACCUGAAGAAGCGAUGUAACGAUCUGAGCUGUGAGCUGAGCAAAAGACCUCCUGGAAGAAGUAGUGAAGACAUAGAAGCUGAGGAGGAGCAGAUGCAAGCUCAGCUGCUGGAGACCGAACAGCGGCUGGCCGAGCAGGAGUGCACGCAGGCGGAGCUGAAGGCCAAACUGCGACUCAAGGGGGCGCAAGCGAGUGCCCUGCAGGUGCGACUGCGCGACGAGGAGCGCCGCUGCCUGGCCGAGCUGAAGCGGCGCGGCCACAAGAUCACGGUGCUGGGCCGAGACUUACGCAGGCAGACCGACAUCGCCGCCCAGCUCACCUUCAAGCUGCACUCGGCUCGCUUCCGCCUCUAUCACCAGACUGAGGAAGACGAGGAGGAAGAAGAGGAGGAGGACAACGACAAUGACAACAAUGAAGGGGACAUGCAGGGGCCAAGCUGCUCAGCUAGCUCUCACCAGGCAUCCCUUGUCAGAGCAGAAGCCAGACAUCAUAGUCACUCCUCAGUGAGGACAAGGCGGUCAGAACGAGCGAGGGAGUGUGUACCACAGGAAAGAGUGCUGGGACCAGAGGAGCCUCACCCCAUGCCUGAUCCUGCCCUCUUCCUAUACCCCUUCAGACAUAGGCUCCUCCCACUUCACAUGUCACUGGGUGGCCACUGGAGGGAGGGGAACCUAUCAGAGAGGUCAGACAGACAGUUAGGUAGACUAAGGACCCAAUCACUGAGAGAGGAUACUGGACCAGAGACUACAGAAUUAUAGGGAAACAUUAGGGUAAAUAAAUCAAUCAUGCUUUUAAGAGAGUUAUAAGUUACACUAUUUUUCAACUCUGCAGUCUCUUAUUCCAAAGUUAGUCUGCUAAUGAAGACCAUAUCAACUGCCCAGCAAAACCAAAAUUAUUUCUAAUCCUGCAAUUCUUAGUACACCUCUGAAUGUUAAAUAGAAACAGCUAAGUAUGUUGAGUCUUAUUGCUGGUGGUCUCACUGGAUGCAAAGAGUUGCUUAGUUAUUUUUUGCUGCUGGCCAGUUGAGGGUGUCCACACUCACAUGCAUAACUAAGUAAUUAGUGCUCCCUUCCAAGAGUGUUCAGCUAUUCAGCCAUGUUUGGAAUGUUAACUGGCUGCAUUUGUUAGUGAAAGCAUGCUUCACCCUCCCAGCCUGGAAGCUGUUGUGUACAGGGAGAAAUUGAUGCAGUAGGGUUAUAACUGGCAGAAAAUGUAGUUAAUGUCUUUAACCCUCCCCUCAGAUAAAGACAUUCUGGACUCUCUGACCUCACAUAGUUCAAAUGGAGAAUGUUGAUCUUCUGUUCGAGUAACGUGUAGACAUAAUUUAUAUGGUUUUCAGCUCAAAAAAAGAACCAGUGUGGAGUCUUAAUAAAGUUGUCAGAAUGCAAAUAGAUGCUGUAAAGGGAAACCCAAAACCUCACUCUGAGUUCACACUGUAAGUUUUUGUUGUUUUUCAGCUCGAUGAGAUAUAGAACUAUUAGAGCUAUAUGUCUUUACAACAACAGUGAUGUGGUUUAUUUAAGACAGAAUAAAAUCAUAUUUAUGUUA